GUGUGCUACAUCGAAGUACGUACAUGCCAUACAUAGUACAUGACGUGCAUACCCUUGUCAAAUUGUAUGUCCCUAAAGGGGUCCAAUGGUACGUGUACAAUUCGACAAAACGAGAACUCCUGUUUAAUGUAAACUCUUAACUCUUUCUGACAAACAACCUUGGAAUACAGUGAGACCCGUAGCACGCAGAUAACCGGUUCGAAUCAUUCUGAUACCUCCCUCAUUCCCCAUCACCGGACUUGAUAUUUCCUUCUUUCCUUUUAUAUCUUAGAAGUGCUCGAGACCAAACCUCCGAUCCUCACCGCACAAGUCAAUUACACAUUCCACACACGUACUAUUGACGCAGCGCUCACGCAUGUCCCCGUUCGGCCGAUUUCCGAUUUGAUUAAAAGGGCCCCAAGAUAUCGGACAUAGGUUCCACGGCGACGAUAAGACCGAAACCACUCACGAGUUACGUCCCCUCCGAUGAAAUCAAUGUUCUCUACCAGUCGACGUCAGCCCUAGCCUCCUCAGGCUCGUAUCGUCCUAGAAUAUGGCCGAUACGGGUUGGACAUCAGGCCCCACCGCACCGAGGUCGACUACCGGUCUGGUCCCAUCCGGCGUUGACGAUUCUACCACUGUGAGAUCGCGGAGUAGAAAGGCUCCUGCUAAUAGAGAUGCACCAACACCGAGCUUAACCCCUGGUCAGAGUCCCACCACUAGUCGAGGUGCGAGUCCUAUGCCAGCAGCGCGCCUUGGUAACAGCAAGCCUCUCUCAAGCGGGCAGACGACACCUUCUAACGCCGCUUUUUCGCGCGGACUGCUCGAGGGCUCAUGGGCACCAAGCUGGGCAUCAGUUCAGGACUUCGCAUCCUCUUUCUUAGAUGGCGGAUAUACCAGUGAACCCUCGCGUCCCAAUAGUCGCAACGGAAACAAGCCACGACCGAAAUCGAUAUGGAAAGGGCUUGGGAGCGGUACCGGGAAAUCCGGUAAGUCGUCUAGCAGUUGGGGACCAGCCCCUCCCGAGGAAUCGCGGCCGGGCGCCAGGGAUAUUGCGGCGGGAUCCCUUGCGGAGCGUGAAGCACAACUAAAGGCUAGGAAGAAAGCUAGUGUGUUGGAAAGCUACGAGGGUGUUAAUGGCGGCCUAGACGUGGCGGGGAGAUAUAAGAGGAGGAACUCGGACGAGACUCCACGAGGCACAACGGAUUCCGCUACAGAGGAGCAUUUAGUCUACUUGCACCACGUAAAACCUACAGACACGUACGCGGGUAUCGUUCUCCGAUAUAGGUGUCAGGAACACGCGUUUAAGAAGGCAAAUGGUCUAUGGUCUAGGGACAAUAUCCAGAUACGGAAGCAAUUGAUGAUUCCCGUCGACGCAUGCGAGACCAAAGGCCGGCCUUGCGAUCCCCCGUCGGAAUACUCCCGGGAAGUCGACCACCUAGCUACCACGCCGAAGACUAAUGAUUUCACGCUCUCCUCAGCAUCUACUCCACAACGACGACAGACGUUACACGAUAGUUACUUUGAGUCCAUCGGUGGGAAGUCCGCAGUGCAACCCAUUGAGGAAGAUGAGGAACCGCCUUGGACCCAUGUACGGUGGGUCAAGCUCGAUUCGGUCCAGGAGCCCGUUGAAAUUGUCAGAGUUUCAAGGAAAUCAAUGGGCUAUUUUCCUCCUAGACGAAAGAAGAGUAUCCACACAACGUCAACUUUCUCAACACCGCGACAUUCCCUUGAACUAUCGAAAGCCAUCACGAACUCGUCUGAAGUGGUCGAUAGCCCAGGAAGGCUUUCGUCCAGACGGCAGAGUUCUCUUAGCGCCAGACCUACUCCUGCAAGCCUCGGGACUUCCUCCUCUGCUAGAAGCAGGGUCACUAGUUUAGGGGAAGGAGACGGCGUUCCAGCAUGGAUGCGGAGACCAGGAGGGGUGGGGUCUAUGGGGAGGAGUGUGAAGGCGCCAGGCCCGGCGAGAGAUUCUUUAAACACGUGGGUCAAUAAAAGGUUACCUGGUUUCAAUAUAGAUUCGAUGCCGUCCAUGUCGGUCAUGGGGUCUGAGACAGCGCAUUUUGGAUUUAAUAAUACGACGGAAGAGACAGCGGGAAUCGUGGAGAGCCCAUUCGAAGAAGGCCGGAACGCGACGUCACCCCCUAGAAACGGGAUCGGUCUUGAACAAGCCGCUUCAUCUAUUGAAUCGUGGCUGCGCGGCGCGUGGGCGAAAAGACCCAGUACCCCUAGACUAGGCUCUAAUAGGAGACCUCCAGAGGACCUGGACCUAAUCGAAUUGACAGACACUAAUAGUGAUGAGGGCGGGACUCCGGGAAGAACGAUGGACACUGGUCUGCUGAACCAAACCUUCGCUCUUUCCGGCUCAACGGCGAGAAGUGACGGGGCGGGCUCAGUUAGAGGACGCUCAGCUCCACCGAUAGCGACGGGAGGAAGGAAGGGGAAGAAGACCGAUUAAGAGGUGCAAAUAGGCUAAGGCGAAAGGAGAGCAAAGGAACGGCGGGGGCAGGCAAGACACAAGUGAUAAUAGAAGAUUCAAGACCAAUUCGAUAGAUGAGAUCCGAUGUACUCAAGUGCCAUUUUUCACUUAAGAGGGCCGUGUACUUGUUGAGCCGGGUGGGAAUACAUCUUGGUUGCACGCGCGCUGCUUGCAUUGCCGGAGGCGUUCGGGGUUCCCCUCGCAUAGGUGCUUUUUUUGCUUUCUUGUUUUUCGAUUUCGAAUCAUUUUUUUGCUACGAAGUUGGAAGCGGGAAGCGGAAGUUGCACCUUGGGAGGUUUUCACUGAUUGCUUUCGCUCUUUUUGUAUAUAUAUGAAUAUAAGGUAUAUAUGUAUCUUUGCUGGCCUGUUGGCUUAUUUACUACCUGUAUGCGGGGAUGGGUAUAAGAGAGCUAUACGGGGUUAGAAGAUGGCUGAGGUAAAUUACAAAUACAGAGUAGAGAAAGAGGGAGUAGGCGGUGGGCUCUUUAUAGACUAUAUACCUGCUUAAUUAAUUUGUAAAUCGAUGUCGGUCUCCGUGUAAUUGUGGUGAUAUAGUGG